UUAAAAAUGCUGCUAUUUAUGUCAAAUUUUUUUCGAAUGGGUGCUAGUUUUGUAAAAAAAAAAAUCAAAUGUGCGAUCUCUGGAAAAAUCCCAGCUUCGGAUUUAAUUUUUGCUGUAGCCGGCCUUCCCCACGGCUUGCCGUUGAUUUGAAAAUAUCAGACUCCGUCCGGAAUAUUUCAACAUCAGCCAUUCAUCUUCUUCCAUGUGGUCCGCUGUGACGACCCCGUUCCUAACAGCCCAGUGAGCCUCGCAUUCCCUUCCGCCAGCCAUUACGAAAUCAACCAAACCAGCCAUUAAUCUUCCUUUCUUCCACAGAGGAAGAAUUUCUCUUUUCUGGAAGGAAGUUUCGUGUACGCGUGGGAGCUCUUAUUAGCACGAAAGUGAUUUUCCCGGAAAACCUCCAUCCUGCUGCUGAGUACUGUUUCAGGUAAGAAAUCGAUUGAUGAUUUUUCAUUCCUUCUGGACCUUUUCUUUGGCUUUACUCCCCCUUUAGGUGUUUUAGUUGGUUCGGAUCGGAAAGCAGGUAGCUUAGGAUUAGGAGGUGAAUAGGCGGUCUAGUUUUGUGCUCCUUGAGGGAUUUGGGAGAGAGGUUUUUCGUCAGAUCCGCUCUCUUCUUCUCCUUCUUCUUCUUCUUCUUCUAAUCGGAAGAUCUAGAGGCUUUCUUUGGUAAGUCUACCGUCGGUUGAUUCCUUCUCCUCUUUCGGUGUUUUGAAUCUGGUGGCUACCUUGAUAUAUUUCGGGCUGGAUUUGAUGGUCAACGAAAGAAAUUAACUAAUAGAUGCUCUGAUAAGUUGGAAUUAUGAGUCUAUACUAGAAGAAGAAUGGAACUUAGACGAUGGUGACGAACGCUGAUUUUGUUUUCCUGUUAUUAAUGUUAUCUCUUUUGUUGUUGUUGUUGUUGUGGUUCUGGAUGUCUUGUAUGUUGCAGAUAAAUGAGAUGCUUCCUUAUUUUCUCUCCCAGAUACAUGUUCCUCCUCAAUAAUAAUUAAAGAAAUCUGUACCCGUAAGCAUCAUGCGCGUUCACGGAUAAAAUUCAUUCAGGAAUUCUAUUUUGAAACAAUUGACUACAUGUUUGUCAGAAGAAAUUCUCCAUAACAGUCUCUUAUCCGUUUCCUAAAAGAGGACAGGGUUGGUGAAAAGAAAUGAUUCCCUACACUGUUAAUUCCUUGAUGUUGGAUGUCUUUCCUGAUAACAUAUUGUUUUUCGUUGUAAUCUUGCAGUGGAAAUUGAAAAUGAGCCGUCCACAGGAUCCACACCGACCCUUUUUCCCCUUGGGAAAUCCUUUCCGGAGGAUAUUGCCAAAGGGCUUGCAGAUGUCUACAAGGCUUAUUUCUAUACUGAACAGUUUUGAGGAAACCUUAGCAGAGAGGCUAAGAAAACUUAUUCCAGAAGACCAGGGUGAUGUUCUGAGUCUGACAUGGAUGAAAUUAGCCAUGGAAUCCCUCUGUGAGACUCGUACUGACAUGAAGACCCUCAUCACCGAUCUCGAUCUUCCAGUCAUUGGCUGGGAUCAGAAUUGGAUCGAUGUCUAUUUGGACGACAGUAUGAGGUUGCUCGAUAUUUGCAUUGCUCUAAGUUCUGAGAUCUCAGGGCUUAACCAAGGCCAUCUCUUACUUCAGUAUGCCUUGCAUAAUUUGGAAUCUGGGACCCCCGAGUGUUGUAUGAAGGCACGUUCUGCCCUUGAUAACUGGAGACAUCAUAUUUAUUCAAAGAACCCUAGGGUUCAGAGCUGCAGGUCCAUCUUAGAAAGUCUUGUCGAGACAUUGAAUCUUCCCAAGGUUAAGAAUUCCUCCAAGGGGAAGGUCCUGAUGCAUGCUGUUGAGGAUAUUUCGAGGUAAAAGAACUUGCGGCGCGUUAAGAAGCCUGAUGCGAAUGGCAUGCAAAGAGAGCCCAAAAGAGAAGGUGGACCCGUUCAAAGAGGUCCAAGGGCUGAUAGAGAACCACUCAAGCAAAGCUGGGAGUCCAUCCAGUCGUGACCGAGAAGGCGCACCAACCGGGGCGCCUAAGGAAUCAAGGAUGAGGGGUUGCCUGUUUGAUGGGCGCCUGGUACACGACCAUGGGGAGUGGCCGGAUUAGGCGCCUAAGACAAAGGGAAUUGUGGUGACGUGGAGGUCCGUACGGUAAGAUGAACAGUGAACAAUUAUAAAUUGGGUGGUGGGUAAGAAUUUACUCAAUUUGGCUUCUCUCACUAAACUUUUUGGGAAAUA